GGAAAUUUAAACCGUAGCCGCGACCGAGGGCGCCUAGAGAAUGAUGUUAUAGUUGCAGAGCAACAGCCAGAGCUCCGGAGUCUGAAAAUGCUCUUGGAGUCCGCGAAUGUAAUACGGCGGCCUUGAAAAACGAGUACGGAGGCCGAGAAAGAGCCGAGAAUUUGGGGGAGCCGGGAAAGGGCGACGAUUGCCUUGAGCUGGAGAAUUCAAUGGCUGAGAGUAGGCUCCGGGCUCCGGACCUAGGGGCUCAGCUAAGAGUUUCCAGGUGUCUGGGAAAAUGCCAGAAAAGCUCACCAGAUGCUGGGAGGCGGCAACCCUUUUCUGGAAAGUCCUUUUACUUGGAUAUGCCUGCUGGCAAGAAUCUCCAGUUUUUGACGGGGGCCAUCCAGCAGCUGGGUGGGGUAAUUGAGGGUUUUCUGAGCAAAGAAGUAAGUUACAUCGUGUCUAGCCGCAGGGAGGCAAAGACAGAGAGCAGUGGAAUGAGCCACAGAGGCUGCUCCGGCCCCAGCGACAGCAGAGUGGAAAUAUCGUCCAUGACCGAUCCCAAAGGCAGCCACGCCAGGCCUUCCCAGAAACCCGUAGACUCGGUGCCUAUGAGCAGAGGGAAAGAGCUUCUACAGAAGGCCAUCAGAAACCAGGGAAGCAGCAGCGGAGGAGGCAGUGGGAGCAGCAGCAGCCUCCUGACCAAUGCCCGCUCCUGGGGAGUGAGGAUUCUGCACGUGGAUGAAAUGAUGAUGCACGUGCAGCAACUCUCUCUAGAUGCUUUAUGUGUGAAGAAACAAGGGCCAAAGAAGCCAGAGGGAACAUGUCCAGCAGAGUCAAGAACGCGGAAAGUGGCCAGACUGAAAGCACCGUUCCUCAAAAUCGAAGAUGAGAGCAGGAAAUUUCGUCCUUUCCACCAUCAGUUUAAAUCCUUUCCUGAAAUUUCUUUUCUGGGACCCAAAGCUGCAAGUCCCUUUGAGGCUCCGACGACCACAGGCAGCUCGCACCGUACCAGAGAACCCAAGGACCGAGAGCCAAGCCCGCAGUCAGCGGCUCGCACCAUGCCCAGGAGGAAGAAAGGGUACUGCGAGUGCUGCCAGGAGGCCUUCGAGGAGCUCCAUGGGCAUCUCCAGAGUGCCCAGCACCAGGGCUUUGCCCUAGAAGCCCAGCCGUAUGCAGAAGUCGAUCGGAUCAUUGCCCGGCUCAGCCACAGCUUUGCGGACAUCCCUUUCCAGGCCAGCCUCCCCAGGCAGCCAGGCUCACUGGCUUCGGAUCAUGACCCUCUGUGUCCUGAGACUGUGCCUCACAGCCAGCCCUCCGAUGCCGGGGCAUCAUCUUCCAGGAUGAGGGAGAAAGACGACCACCAGGCCCCAGGCAUCCUGAAACAGUAUGGGAUAGUGGGUGGCAUGAAGGCACCAGCUGAACAUGUGGGGGCUGGCAAGACACCUGGACCAGCAGCAAGCUGCCAAGAGCUGGGGGGGUCGGUUGGUACCACUGUGGACCCCCCAGGGACACUGGUGUCCAGUAGCCCUGCUUGCCAGUGCCUAUUGACCAACUCCGGUUUUGUGGACCUCUCCUCUGACAGACACCUGGCACGUGUUGGCCACAAAAGGAAGGUUCAGUUCUCUAGUGGCAAUGCCGAAAAGAGGCCAGGGGUCUCCUGGCCACAGGCCUCAUUCUUUGCCCCAAGAGGCCCCCGUCCCUGUGGCACCAGGCCAACCAGUAGCAGACAUCUUUCUUUUCCCCUUCCAGGCCAUGAGCCCAAGCCUCUGGCCUCCCUCCUGCCUUCCUGCCACCCACAGACCAGCCUCUCCUUCUCCGACCCCUCCCCCUCGCACCCCACAGACAGGCCAUCAGAGCUCUGGGCCACACAGCCCCCCUGGCCGGGAGGAGAAUAUUCCCCAGGACCUGAGGAUUCUGAGUGUGCAGCCCCCGGCUCUGUCUCCCAGCAGGCUGACCAGCUUCCCAGCUGCCCCGCAGGUCCAGGCCAGCUGUCAGCCCACCUGCAUUCAGCUGUGGGCGUGCAACCCCCAGGAAGACCUGUGGAGAGCCAGGCUACCUCUCUCCCCCACUGUCUGCCAGCCAGCAGGGGAGCCAGCUGCUCCCGAUGGUUGUGGGGCCCCCAGCCUCUCCCAGUCCCUUGCCUCCCCGUCUCCCAGCCCCAGCCCAGCACCAACAGAGAACUGCUCCUGUGAGUCCCUGAGGGCACACAGCUCUUUAUGGGGCCAGACAGCUCCUGACUCAAGAGCCAGGUACACAGGUAGAAGUUACGCCUCUGCUAAGUGCUGCACACCCAGCCAGGCAGACCGAUACGCGGAGCGGCAGUGCCCCAGGGCCUCCCCAACGGAGCCAGGAGUCCCAGGGCCUGGCCUUUGAAGUCCAAGUGAAUAGCAGUUGUCAUGGCCAAGCUCUGUGGGUCGACAGAGCUAGUCCUUCCACCCACACAGUCUUCAAGUAGGAUCGAGAGUCUGGGCUUGGGGGCUGCCCUCUCCUACCUCCAGCCAUGUUCCUGACCCCGCCGUGAUCUGUGAUGGGCUUGUCCAUCACUUUCCAGGAGGCAGAGGCAAGGUUGGCAUAGGGAGGAGUCACAAGCUGGAGCAGCAGAAGCCCUGGCCCCGCUUCCUGUCCCUCCGUAGGCACUUGCCUCGGGUUAGUUAUCUGUGUUCCCUACCACCAGCCUCCUUUCCCACAAGCAUGUGGCUCUCCUGCUUUCCAAAAUGCCUUGUUUGUGUCCCCUCCCCCAACCCCCACGCUGUGCACUCAUCCUCAGGAACAUACGAAGCAGAGGAGGGGCUCGGCUGCUGCACUUGCAGAGCUCCCCCGCUGCACUUAGUGGGGGCCCAGCACUGACCUUUCCCCUGAGCCCAGGAUAUGGCCAGAGCCCCCUUGGGGAACAGACCCCUGUCUGCUCUUCCCUGCCUCGGUCCGGGGUUCUGUUCCAGGGUCAGUGGCUCACGUGCCAACUUCUCCAUCACUCUCUUCCCUCCCCAAGGACCUCCCCCCAUUUCUUUCAGCCAAGCCAUUAAUCUGGAGACAGAGAUAGGUUUGCUAUCGAUUCUUUGGCCACUUUUUUUUUAUUACAUUUUGUACUGUGGUUCUAUUCAUCCUUCUGUGCCUGUGUGUUUGUCUCUUUAAAUGUUGAAGCUACCAGAAGCCUGGUGCUAUUCUGUGACUCCUUUUGGAGGAAGAAAGGGGGGCCUAGCUGUGGGUGAGGACCUGAGUUGUUAGUUUGGAAAUAGAGCAACUGUGUGUACAAGCCUCAGAGAGGUCAUGUUUGGCCUUUUUAUGCCAUUCCUGUUAAACUUCACAAUUAAUUUGGUUUAGGAACUAAAUAAAGUUG